AUGGCACAAACCACCUUCGAUCCUCUAGCUCCUUCCCAAACAUCUAAACCAACAGACCCGCUGAUCGACUUGGAUCGACUGCUCGGCCGUCUCCGCCAGACCAUUCUUCGAGCCGAUGCGGAACGGGAACGGAGACUCAGGACCAGCGAGUUCGAGCGCGAGAAAGUCACUGUCAAUAUCGACUAUGCGCGGCUGCUGCUCACGAGAUUGCAGCAAGAUGCGCUGGGAAUCAAAGUACUUGCGAGAAGACAGGAGGUACAGGCCGACCUCAACCGGAAGCGCGACCUCCUGGAACAGGUGACGGAUAGGCUGAGGGACUUGGAAGAGCUGAGCGCGCAUGCCGUCGGCGACGAUGACGACGUAAGCUCGGAAGAAGACGACAUAUUGAGCGGGAUAAUUGCGACCCCAAGUCAGAGCUUGGACUCCAGAUCGACAGAUGUACUCGAAAAAGACACGGCAAAAGAAGAUCAAGGAAACAACAUACUACAGGCACCACCGCCGACCGAACCGCGACAGAAUGGAAGCAGCGGACGUGUUGUAGAGACGCUGGAGGAAGUAAUAUCAGAGAAACCGGACACCCUGACGUCACAUACUCUCCGGCCGAGAGGCCAACAGCCCGCGCCAUCAGAUCCGGAGAAAGCAAACCAAGACUUGGACACAGCACAAACCACAGGCGCCACCACACAACGAUCCCUGCUCUUGGGGGACCGCUCUGCAGACGUGUCAGAUGUCGCCACGAAGGAAGCCAUUCUCGACCGUGAGCGAAGAGAGCAGGAAGAAAUCACGGAGGCGAUGAGCAAGAUCACCAAGGAGUUGAAACUGUCGUCCCUAAGGUUCAGCGAGGCGCUCGAGGAGGACAAGGAGAUGACCGAGCAGGCUGCGAAAGGGCUCAGCAAAAACGAGCUCGGCCUCGAGGCUGCCGCGAGGAGGAUGGGGGCGCUGACGCGGAUGACGGAAGGGAAGGGCUGGUGGGGACGGAUUAUACUGUAUGCCUGGAUCUACGGACUGAUGGUCGUGCUGGUACUCGUUGUUUUUGUGCUGCCAAAACUGCGGUUCUGA